GAUGUGCGUAUAUUUCUUGACGGAGCAAAAAACGGAGCUAUCGUAAUAUCGUUAGGAACAAAUGUGAAAUGGAAACAUCUCAAUUUAGACACAGUUAAAACUGUUAUACUGGCUCUGUCGAAACUGAAGCAACAAAUGCUAUGGAAGUUAGAUAUUGAAGUCCCAUUUGAGAUACCGGAAAAUGUAAUGGUUAUAAAAUGGAUGCCUCAAAGCGAAGUUUUAUUAGCGCAACGGUUAUUGGCGCAUGCAAUGUAGCAACCCGGGUGGAAUUUUGUCGAGGCGUGCCCCAAGUCUGUAAAGGGCCUAAACAGGCAUGCCCUAAAAUAGGAUCGCCAAUAUUGGGGCUAGAUAGGCAUGUCAUAAAAUAGGCAUACCAUUGUCGGGCCUAGAAAAGGACUAGAAAGGCAAAUUCUGGAUAGAAUAACCUAAAUAGGCCCAGAAUAAGCACUGACAUGGAUGCCAUUAUCAAGGUCUGCAAACGUUGGGCCUAGAAAGGGACUAGAAAGGCAAAUUCUGGAUAGAAUUUCCUUAAUAGGUCUAGAAUAGGCACUGGCAUGGAUGCCACUAUCAAGGUCUGCUAACGUUGGGCCUAGAAAGGGACUAGAAAGGCAAAUUCUGGAUAGAAUUUUCUUAAUAAGCCCAGAAUAGGCACUGACAUGGAUGCCACUAUCAAGGUCUGCUAACGUUGGACCUAGAAAGGGACUAGAAAGGCAAAUUCUGGAUAGAAUUUCCUUAAUAGGCCCAGAAUAGACACUGAC